UAUCGCUAGUGCUCUAUAUAUAGUCAGUCACAUUUCAUCAACCGUUUAAAAAGAGAUUAUAGGAAGAUCUUCUAAUAACAUCUGUUUGUGCCAUGGAAUAUUGGUCGAUAUUACCAUCGAUAGUGAUCGGUGUGAUCAGCAUUCAUUAUCUUUUUAAAAAUUAUAACUUUUUUAAAAGAAAUGGUAUUAUACACUUACCGCCUCUUCCAUUAUUCGGAUCCAUGACAUCGAUGGUAUUUCGUCGAAUAUCAUUUUUCGAUUUCAUACUGAAGAUAUACAAUUGCUAUCCAAACGCAAAGUAUUUUGGAUUCUACUUCACGACAACUCCAGUCUUUCUGCUUCGCGAUCUGGAACUCAUUAAAACCGUACUUGUUAAAAAUUUCGAUGCAUUUCCAGAUCGUCGAGAUUUCGUCUUUAACAAUCCUAUACUUGAAAAAAAUUUGUUUUCUCUUCACGGAGAAAAAUGGCGGAAUGUGAGAAAUCUGUUGAGUCCUUCUUUUACUUCCAGCAAAAUGAAAAUGAUGUUCACAUUGAUGUCCGAAUGUGUUAUGAAUUUUACAAAAUUUCUGUCAACAUUGUCAGCAGAUAAAGGCGAUAUAAACAUGAGAGACGUCUGCUCUAAAUAUACAACCGAUGUCAUUGCUACAUGUGCAUUUGGAAUCCAACUCAACUCUAUGAAAGAUCCAACAAACAAAUUCCAUAUUUACGGCAAGGAAGCGAAUAACUUCACAGUUCUUCGCGGUAUAAAGUUCUUUUUUCUUGGAACAUUUCCAAGACUCGGACGAAUUCUCAAUUUGAAAAUUAUGAACGAUUGUGUUUCGGACUUCUUCGAGGAUAUUAUAAGAACUACAAUCGCCACCCGUGACGCAGAACACAUUACACGUCCGGAUAUGCUGCAGUUGAUGAUGAAUAUCAGAGACAAAGAAGGUCGUAGAAAACUAGACAUCGAUGACAUGAUUGCGCAAGCGUUCAUCUUUUUCCUUGGCGGUUUCGAAACCAGUUCAACCGCAAUGUGCUUCGCAGCUCACGAAAUUGCAGCUAAUCCAGAAAUUCAGACGAAAUUACAACAAGAAAUCGACAAAGCUUUAGAAGAGUCGAAUGGAGAAGUGUCUUACGAAACUAUUAAUCGGCUCGAAUAUUUAGAUGCGGUGGUAUGUGAGGCUCUUAGAUUAUAUCCACCAGUCGCAGUCUUAGAAAGGAUUUGCGAAAAAACUUUUGAAUUACCACCCGCAUUGCCGGAUGAAAAACCUUUUAUCAUGAAAAAAGGUAUGCUUGUUAUGAUUCCAGUUCUUGCAAUCCAUCGUGAUGAAAAGUAUUACGAUAAUCCGGAGAAAUUUGUUCCACAAAGAUUUUUAAACAACAAAAUGCGUAAUUCUUCAUGUUAUAUGCCGUUUGGAUUAGGACCGAGAAUGUGUAUAGGUUACAAAUUUGCCAUGUUGGAAGUCAAAGUCUUGCUUUUUCACUUAUUAGCGCGAUGUGAACUGAAACCAUCUGUGAAAACUACGUUACCAAUGAAAUAUCGCAAAGAUACAAUAGUAAUGGUGCCGGAGAAUGGAUUUUGGUUGAAUAUUCAGCGUAGAAGAAAUAUGCAUUCUGUAUUGGAAUCUACAGUAAUGGGAGCCGCAGGAAACAUUUCGAAUACGUAGUAGUAACAUAGUAACAUACAUUUUAUAAAAAAUUAUAAUUAUUCUUUAGAGUGUUUUAAGGCAUG